AUGUGGUGCCGUCGGAGCAAUGUCGGGAUCCUGGCAAGGUUCCCGUGUGACGAUGUGGGGAAUUCCGAUGUAAACUCCGCCCAGGUUCUCCAGUCGCCUCUGUACCUGCGUCAGCCAAGCCUGAAGCGCCGCAGGACCUCUCAGCGCAUUGCAUCACAUCUCUCAGCAGCCGCCGCCGCCGCCACUGCUGCUACUGGCAGUCCCCGGUGGCGAUGGCCACAGUCCUACAGAGUCGUCACUCUCGUGAAGGAUGGCGAUUGUCAGUUGACUCGCGCCGGAGGAACAGGUAGUUCGGGAGACAAGAUCAUCCUGAAAGAUGAUGUCCCAGAUAGGCCGGAAUCUACGGCGGAGAAGUACUGGAGACAUGUCUAUCCACUUACGCCGUUUCUGCCUCCCGAGAUGAUUGUGGAGAGCAAUGGGGACUGGGAUCCGAUUCUGAAGCACUGCGUCGAGCUGGCUGCCAGCCUUUGGUUGCAUCACAAUCAAAAGCAGCACCCUCAACCGGCCGCAGAUCAACUGCUUGGAAUGGUUGCGCAGGGAGAGUUGUCGCUCCCAGUGAUCGCAGGCAUCCUGCUUCUGCUCUUCCACGCCGUUCAGACAGCUAGUCUCGCUGGCGAAGUACUUCCCUUGCCCAUCCUCGCCGGCACCGUCCUCACAAACACCUGGCUGCGUCUGGUGGGCCGUUCGCCUGCACCACUGAGUCUUCCAGAGGACUGCCUGCAGGACUUCUUGCAGUCACUGGACCACUCAACGUUUGGGCACCAUUACAUCCGCAUCUCCAACCUGGCAUUGAGCUACAAUAGGCUGCGCAGUGUGGCGGAACGCGACGGCAUCGGACCGGAGUCCAGGCUGGCAUGGUCCAGGCUGGAAUAUGAGUGUUUACUUUGGGCUGUCCAGUUACCGUCGACGUUGCUGGAUUUGCGCGACGAGAUGCCGGCUAGACCUGAAGCGGUCGUCAUCCACUCUCUGCACAACCUGGUGCUUUUAUCCCUUUACACUACAAUAAUCGACUGGCAAGACACACUCGGCACCUUACUCGCCCUACGUCCCGUGCCGGGCGUGCUUCACUACAUAUGCGCUCUGGCCCGCUCCGUGCUGAUCUGCCCGCCUGAAAUGCCGACGCACUGGGCGUUGCUGUUGGAUAUUCAGGCCGCAACAGCGCGGGCCCUGCUGCGUCUCUGGCACCGAACGCAGUUUGAGAACAUCCGGGGCCUGUUGAACCUCUGGGACGAUGCGCAGAACCGGUUCCCUGACCUGGCUCGCCUGGUGCGCGAGGAGAUCGGACCGGGACCCUGGACCAUCGACCAGACUGAUGGAUACUCCGUUUUCUGGACCUUUCGCGAUCUCCGGAGCUUGCAUCUUGAGUUUACUGUGCCGGAACUCACGGCUAUUGCUGCAUCUUCUCCCUCUUCUUCUUCUUCUACAACUCAUGGUACUAACGCUAAUGCUAAUACAUCCCUAAAUAUGAACGGAUGGUGA